CAACGCUAGUGGCCGCUGUUAAUUAAGAACUGCGCCUUUAAGUAACGUUAAAUAGUAAAUAGAUAUCAGAGUUAACUUGGCCGUUUUCUCUCUUGUCAAUACAUUUUAGCUUUAAAAGCUUUUUUUGUGGGAUGCCUUUUAAAUGCAUAACACACAACAAAGUAACCUUUAAAUUUCCAAAGUGGCAUCAAUUGUCCAGAACCUAUGCAAACGCACAGUUCUGCUCUGGUAAAUAUUUUACGAGUGCAUGAGUUGGAUAUAUAAACAUGCAUCUUUUUGUAGUUGAUAUAUUUGAACAACUGUUUUAUAGUUUUUCAAUUGAUGAAUACAACGCUUUUGUUCCCAUGCAUGCUGCUGUUGAGUCAAAAGAGAACAUCACACCGGCUUUUGUUACCAGGAAGUGGGGCGCGUUAUUUAUAUUUCAACGCUUGCCAGAUUGACGUGAGGGCGCGCGCUGGUAAUACGAAACUUAUAAUAUUACCUUUAUACCAUGUGUCGGAGCAUCGGCGUUUCACUUCAAGUGGUGUUUUCCGCGAUAAAUAAUCGGAAAUAAGAUACUAACAACUUGCUGAAUGACUGACAGUUCCUGUGUUAACCAGACAGACGAGUUUCUUAUCUCGUACACUAUGAGAUGUGCCUGUCAUUUGCGCGUUUGACACGGCUGCACGCCAGGUGGCGUUGUAAUGAAGAUCCAUGAGAAGAUUGUAACACACUACCUGUCCUGCACUUCACCUGUAGAUAAAGAGGGAUACCUCUACAAAAAGAGGGAGAGAAACACCACUUACCUGCGACGGUGGUUUGUGUUGAAAGGGAAUCUGUUGUAUUAUCAGGAGCGUCCAGGUGAUCGUAAUCUGUUGGGCGUUAUCGUUCUGGAGGGCUGUAUGGUGCAGGCAUGUGAGACGGAUGGUCAGUUCUGUUUCUCCUUGGUGUUCACUGGACCAGGCCUUCGCACAUAUAGACUUGCCGCUGAUGACCAUCUGAGCCAGGAGAGUUGGAUCAGUUCUCUGCUUUGCGCCAGUCACCUCUACCUUUCAAUGAUCGUCAAGGACCUGCAGAGACGCUACAAAGAAGCUAGAAAAGAGAAAGGCAUUUGUGAUCUGAUACAGACUGAGGAAACAUCUGAUAAUACAAUGGCUUCCUGGAACACAGGACACCCCUAUUUCGGACAUGGGGCUUCCGUGGUACCCAGAGAUGGGAGAAGCUACAGUACAGGUUCAGUACCGCCUUCAUCUAUGACAAACAGACCCAUCAGUUAUAGUCUUCAGGCCCCUCCUGUUCCAUUCAAAACCAACAAUAAGCGAUCUCCAAAGCUUUGGCCAAAGAGAAACGCCCAUGUCACACCCUUGAAUAGUCCAGCACCAUCUUAUGGGGAGUGGCCAGUUGUGGGUUUUGAUCCGUUAGAGGAAUUCAGUAAACUGCAUGAGUACUAUGGAAAUGAGAUUAAGGAACUAAGAGCUGACUGGCUAAAGAAAAAGCGAGAGGAAGUGGGAUACAUUGAGGAGGACCUCAUUGACCUUGGUUAAAUCUUAUUGGAGCUCAAGGCACACAUACCUGCAUUUGAUCAUAUUAAUAUCUAAAUAGUAAAUCCUGCUCUAUAACCAAAAUAAAUCAUGUACUGUUAAAAUAGAUUUUAUGCAUCACUAGCUAUGGAUGCAGUAAAUGUGAUCUUGGUGUCUUUUUAAGGUUCUGAAAGUACAGUAUGCAGUGUAGCACUGACUUCUGGUCUUGGCAACUCUUCUGUAAAGGGUUUCUCAUUUCCCCUCUGUGGUGUACAUAUCAGCCUAAAUGAUCAUUAAACAGAACUAAGAUCACUGUAGUCUUACCCUUAAGUUACCUACGUGCAGAUAUUGACAACUGCAAAUGGGUAAUUUCUAUUUAGAAGCCUGCAAGUAUAUAAAUAAAUUAAUUGUUAACUUUAUUUCCUUCUUUUAAGAUUGUGUUUGUUGUAUAUUUGUGAAUGCAAAAUAGUAGUUAUUAAUGACUUGCUUGUUCUUAACGUAUGUGUUGCGGCAGCCUAAACGUAUGUGAUUGUUUUGUAUUUAAAGAACAAUAUUCAUUUAUCUUACAGUAUAUGAAUGUAAUUGAAGUUUUAGUAUACAUAGCAUGGCCUGGCUCAAAACAUCAGUGUGAUGUUGUGCAGAGGAUUACAUAUGCCAGUGACUGUUUUAUAGUUCUGCCUGUCUGAAUUUGUUUCACACAGUUCAGGGGGUUUCACAAAUAAACCAAAAUACACACCCUGUUUAGUCUUCCUCUUUCACUCUACCUCAAUUCAUUGGUGAUGUAGUGUCAUUUGCAAAUCUCUUCACACUUUUAGGAUAUUAUACACAAUAUUUAACAUAACAGGUUAUUUAAUUAGGAUUGGUUGUGAUAAUUAAUAAAUGUUAAAGUAAAGUACAGCUUUUGUGUUGUGAGAUUAAAAAAGAAGCCACUAGAUGUCACUAUACUUCAGUAACUCGGUAGU